UGAGUGUGCGGGACUAUGAAUCAGCAGCAGCAGAGAAUGGCUGCAGUUGGGACGGACAAAGAGCUCAGUGACCUGCUGGACUUCAGCAUGAUGUUUCCCCUGCCAGUGGCUAAUGGAAAAAACAGACCCACGACCCUAGCGAGCACUCAGUUUGGAGGAUCAGGUUUGGAUGAAAGACCGGGAUCAGGUUCCUGGGGAACGGGAGAUCAAAACAGCUCCACGUUUGACCAAGGAAGGCAGAACUAUGGUGAAGGGCCCCACUAYGGAGAGCACCGGGAGCUGCCGUCUCACAACAGCCUGUCCUCCUCGCCGUUCCUGGGGCCGGGACUGGUGGGGAAGAGCAGCGAAAGAGCCUCCUACUCCACGUUCGGAAGAGACGCGGCGAUGCCGGGGCUAAAUCAGCCCGGAUUCCUGCCCGGCGAGAUGGGCAUGGCGAGCCCCAGCACGCUGUCCCCCACCGGCGCCAAGGGGGGCUCCCAGUAUUUCUCCUACCCCAACAACCCCCGCAGGAGAGGGGCCGAGAGCAGCCUCGAUGCGCAGCCCAAGAAGGUCCGCAAGGUGCCCCCGGGCCUCCCCUCCUCGGUGUAUCCAUCCAACUCAGGUGAUGACUUCAGCAGGGACCCGGCCGGAUAUCCCCCCUCGAAACCCGCCAGCACUGUGUACCCCGGAGCCUUCUACAUGGCAGACGGGCUCCACUCCUCGCCCGACCUGUGGAGCUCCCCCGGCGCCAUGAGCCAGGCGGGGUACGGGGCCAUGCUGGGCAGCUCCUCCUCCCCGCUCCCGCAGCCCGGCGCCUUCAGCAGUUUACACCAGCACGAACGAAUGAACUACCAGCUGCAUUCAGGAGAGGUCAACGGGGGGCUGCCCUCCGUGUCCGGCUUCUCCUCCGCCUCCACGCCGUACGGCGUCUCCAGCCACACGCCGCCCAUCAGCGGGACGGACACCAUGAUGGCAGGGACCCGCGGAACCACGGCCGGGAGCUCCGGAGACGCCCUCGGCAAGGCACUAGCUUCAAUUUACUCCCCGGAUCACUCUAGCAAUAACUUCUCCUCAAACCCCUCCACACCGGUCGGCUCCCCUCAGGGGCUUGCAGGCACGUCGCAGUGGUCGCGGGCGAGCGCRCAGGGUGCCUUAUCUCCCAGCUACGAAGGGAGCCUCCACACCUUGCAGAACAAGAUGGAAGACAGGUUGGACGAAGCCAUCCACGUGCUGAGGAACCACGCGGUGGGCCAGACGGCCCCCAUGGCCAGCAACCACGGCGACAUGCACGGGCUGCUGGGCUCGGCGCCCGCGCACAGCGGCACCGUGGGCGGCCUGGGCCAGCCCUUCGCCCCGGCCGUCAUGUCCCUGGGGAGCAGGCACCCGAGCCUGGUGGCGGGCGGUCACCCCGAGGACGGGCUCUCCGGCGGUGCCAACCUGCUGCACAACCACGUGGCGCUGCCCUCGCAGCCCAGCGCGCUGCCUGACCUCGGCCGCCAGCAGGACACGUACAGUGGCUUGUCGGGGGCGCUGGGGCGAAGCAGCGUCUCCUCGGGGACCAGCGAGAUAAAGAGGGAGGAGAAGGAGGACGAGGAGAACACCUCGGUGGCCGAUAACUCGGAAGAGGAGAAGAAGGAGCUGAAGCCGUCGCGGAACAGAACAAGGUGCUCUUUGAACAGUCAAGAUGAGGAUGAGGAGGACGAUCUUCUUCCCCCAGAGCAAAAAGCCGAGAGAGAGAGAGAAAGGAGGGUCGCCAAUAAUGCCCGUGAGCGCCUGCGGGUCCGUGACAUCAACGAGGCCUUUAAAGAGCUCGGACGCAUGUGCCAACUGCACCUAAACAGCGAAAAACCACAGACCAAACUGCUAAUCCUACACCAGGCCGUAUCAGUCAUACUGAACCUGGAGCAACAAGUUAGAGAGCGCAACCUGAACCCGAAAGCCGCCUGCUUGAAGCGGCGGGAAGAGGAGAAGGUGUCCGGAGUGGUGGGAGAUCCCCAGAUGACGCUCGCAGCUUCCCAUCCUGGUCUAGGAGAUGGUCACAACCCCGUGGGACACAUGUGAAGCUCCUGUCGUUCCUCUGGGAUACAGAGAUGCGCAGGAGGAGCAGACCCUCGGCGUGACCUGCAGCCUUCCCGAACCAUAAACUUUAGUACUGCAAAUACUGACACACGUGGACRGAUCCCGGCGUGACGUAAGGGGUGGAAAAGCGAAACGAAAAAAACACUUUUUUGUCAAAACGAAAACAAAAAAUUGCCUUAAGUAUAAAGUGCGGAACAGUCAAUACAUAUCACUCAGUUAGGAGGGGUGGCGUGUUCUCUUGGCUUGUUCACAAGCAGCCAGCAGCAAAAUUGUGCCUAAGCUUAAUAUUUCUUUUUUUUUAAAAAAAAGAACAUUAGUUAUGAGAUUUUUUAUGUAGAACAAAUAGCGAUGCCUUUUGGGUUUUUUUUUAGCUUCUUUUGCAUAUGUUUUGUAAGCAACGAAAAAGAUUUUUUUUUUUUUGUAUAAAAAAAAAAUGUCUUGUACCCCCCGCCCCUGCUUUUCUGCUGCUGUUUCUAUAGUUAACGUUGCAUCUUUAGGAUCAACCAGAAUAUUAAAAUUGUAUUAAGAGAGACUGGAUAUAAAGAGAGGAAUUCUCAGAUUGGGCUCCGAAAGCCACUAAAAGCGAAUGUAGCCCCGGCAAGGGGGGGUUUCCUUGCCUGGCUUGUACCUUCCAUUGCAAACAAGCACCAAACCCCCGUGCGGAUUCAGCUCUCCGCUCUGGCCGCUUCGGCUUCCACCGAGGUUGGAUGAGAGCAGCGUCCCGGCAGCGCCGGCUCCUGCCGGGCCCUCUCCGAGCCCGCGCUCCACACGGGUCUCCCGGCGGAUCCCGGAGGCCGGGAUGCAGGAGGCGAAGGCGCGAGGACGCGAUCGGACGGGCGAGGAGCAGCGAGGGACCGGGGCUGCCCGGGAAGCGACACGGAGCAAGAAUGUCUCCAAAGCCUCCUCGGAAGCGGCGUCAGCACCGUGGCCUUGCCAAGGGACACGCUGGGGACGUGGCCGCCGGCACCUGGGCCCCUCUCCCGGCAUGGGGGCAGCGAGUGUCUUGUCCCAGCGAGACGCGCCUGGUGGCCGAGCACAGACAACGUUCCCGUCUCUCCGAGGGCUUCCCRGUGCCGCUGCACACAGCCCCUAGGAGGAGGCCCUGGCAGCGCCUGCAGCCAUGCCGAGCGGACACAGCUCGCGCCGGGAGAGCGUUGGAAGGGCCACCGAGCGCUGGGAGAACGUCGG